AUGGCGACGACGAGCUCUAUGUUUAUGUAUAGCUUGACUAUACAACCGCCUUCAGCCAUCACUCAAGCAGUCUUGGGUCAGUUUGCCGGUACAAAAGAGCAACAGAUCAUCACAGCAUCGGGCUCUAAGCUCACCAUCCACAGACCCGAUCCUACCCAGGGAAAAGUCUCCCCUCUCUUCACCCAGGAUUGCUUCGGCAUCAUUAGGUCUCUGGCCGCCUUCCGACUGGCUGGGAGUAGUAAAGAUUAUCUGAUUGUCGGCUCAGACUCAGGGCGCAUCACCAUCCUCGAAUAUCUCCGCGAGCAGAAUCGUUUCAAUCGCGUACAUCUCGAGACCUACGGGAAAUCGGGCAUUCGAAGAGUCAUUCCUGGGCAGUAUCUCGCUGUCGAUCCGAAAGGACGAGCGUGUCUGAUUGCAUCCGUCGAGAAGAACAAGCUGGUUUAUGUCUUGAACCGAAAUGCUCAGGCCGAGCUUACCAUUUCUUCCCCGCUCGAAGCCCAUAAACCUCAAACUCUUGUCUUUGAAUGCAUAGCCCUCGACGUUGGUUACGAAAACCCCAUAUUUGCAGCACUCGAAGUCGACUACACCGAGGUGGAUCAGGAUCCGAGUGGGCAGGCCCUGGAAGAGGUGGAAAAGCUCCUAGUCUACUACGAGCUUGACCUCGGCCUCAAUCACGUCGUUCGCAAAUGGGCCGAGCCUGUAGCAAGGAGUGCCACCAAACUAUUUCAGGUCCCUGGUGGAUCUGACGGUCCGAGCGGCGUUCUCGUCUGUGGGGAAGAUAAUAUCACGUACAGACACUCAAAUCAAGAGGCUUUCCGAGUACCAAUCCCAAGGAGACGAGGUGUGCUUGAAAAUCCCGAGCGCAAGCGUCACAUUGUGGCAGGAGUCAUGCACAAGAUGAAAGGCCAGUUUUUCCUGCUUCUACAAACCGAGGAUGGUGAUCUCUUCAAAGUCACCAUAGAAAUGGUGGAGGACGACAAUGGCCAGCCGACGGGUGAGGUGAAGGCACUGAAACUGAAGUACUUUGACACAGUUCCUGUGGCGAACAGUCUGCUUAUCUUAAAGAGUGGAUUCUUGUUCGUGAGCAGCGAGAGCGGUAAUCACCAUUUCUACCAGUUCGAAAAGCUUGGAGACGACGACGACGAGACGGAGUUCACGAGUGACGAUUUCCCUUCAGAUCCAACAGAACCCUACACUCCAGCGUACUUCCACGUACGACCCCUUUCAAAUCUCAACCUUGUACAAAGCAUUGAUGCUGCAAAUCCCCUGCUGGACUGCAAGGUCGCCAACCUUCUCGAUGAAGAUGCUCCACAGAUAUACUCGAUAUGUGGAUCGGGUGCUAGAAGCAGUUUCAAGACCUUGAAGCACGGCCUGUCAGUUUCGGAGAUUGUGGAGUCGGAGCUUCCAGACAAGCCGGAGGCUGUGUGGACCACCAAAUUAACCAGGGAAGAUGAGUACGACGCUUAUAUCGUACUGUCUUUCCGCACUGGAACCCUGGUGCUAAGCAUUGGAGAAACAGUGGAAGAAGUUACAGACACGGGGUUUCUUUCAACGGCUCCGACCCUCGCCGUCCAACAGCUGGGCGAAGACGCCUUGCUUCAAGUACAUCCCAAGGGUAUUCGACAUAUUCGAGCAGACAAGCGGGUGAAUGAAUGGCCGGCACCUCAGCAUCGCUCUAUUGUCGCUGCUACUACAAACGAGCGACAAGUUGCUGUAGCCCUAAGUUCGGGCGAGAUUGUCUACUUCGAGAUGGAUACCGAUGGAUCCUUGGCAGAAUACGAUGAGCGGAGAGAAAUGACUGGGACCGUGACUUGUCUAUCGCUUGGCGAGGUGCCUGAGGGUCGGGUUCGAAGCUCGUUCCUCGCUGUUGGGUGCGACGAUUCGACUGUCAGGAUCUUGAGUCUGGACCCUGAUUCGACGCUCGAAAACAAAUCAGUGCAAGCAUUGACCUCGGCACCUUCAGCGCUAUCCAUAAUGGCCAUGGCAGACUCCACCUCUGGCGGGAGUACGUUGUAUCUCCAUAUUGGCCUUUACUCUGGUGUUUACCUGCGGACGGUCCUGGAUGAGAUCACUGGUGAACUCUCGGAUACGCGGACGCGCUUCUUAGGUCUCAAGCCGGCGAAGCUUUUCCGCGUUUCGGUGAAGGGGCAAAACGCCGUAAUGGCACUAAGUUCACGCUCAUGGCUUGGGUACACCGACAGGCAGACAAACGGCUUCAUGCUGACUCCACUUGACUACGUCGGCUUACAAUACGUCUGGAAUUUCACGAGCGAACAAUGCCCUGAAGGAAUGGUGGGCAUUCAAGGGCAGAACCUAAGGAUAUUCACAAUCGAAGAUCUGUCUCGGAAUCUGCUCCAAGAGAACAUUCCACUCCCAUAUACCCCCAGGAAAUUCGUCAAACAUCCUGAACAACCCUUAUUCUAUGUCAUUGAAGCAGACAACAACGUGCUCGCGCCCGCCACAAGGACAAAGUUGCUCACAGAAUCUACAGCAGUCAAUGGCGACGCCGUUCAACUCCCUCCCGAAGAGUUUGGAUAUCCUCGUGGGACUGGUCACUGGGCGUCAUGUAUCCAAAUUGUCGACCCAGUCACGACUAAAUCUGUCGUCUUUACACUUGAGCUGGAGGAUAAUGAGUGUGCCACCAGCAUUACGGCGGCCCCCUUCGCAGGUCAAGACGAUGAGACCUUCCUGAUUGUCGGGACGGCUAAGGAUCUGGUGGUCAACCCUCGUUCGUUCUCGGCAGGUUUCUUACACGUUUAUCGCUUCCACGAAGACGGCAGAGAACUCGAGUUCAUCCACAAAACGAAAGUGGAGCAACCUCCAACCGCCCUGCUUGCUUUCCAAGGCCGGCUCUUAGCAGGCAUUGGAGCAGAUCUGCGGAUAUAUGAUCUCGGCAUGAAACAAAUGUUGCGCAAAUGCCAAGUCCAAGCAACACCGAACAUCAUCGUCGGCCUACAGACCCAGGGAAGCAGAAUUAUCGUCAGCGACAUCCAAGAGAGUGUGUCAUAUUGUGUGUACAAAUUUCAAGAGAACAAGCUCAUACCUUUUGCCGAUGAUGUCAUUGCUCGCUGGACGACUUGUUGCACAAUGGUGGAUUAUGAAACCGUGGCAGGCGGAGACAAGUUCGGGAAUCUCUGGUUAUUGCGCUGCCCAACCAAGGCUUCUGAAGAGGCGGACGAGGACGGUUCAGGUGCGCAUCUGAUCCAUGAACGGGCGUACCUCAACGGUGCGCCCAACCGGUUGAGUCUCACGGUCCACUACUUCCCCGGCGACAUUCCCACCAGCAUCCAGAAGACGAGUCUCGUGGCCGGCGGUCGAGACGUGGUAUUCUGGACAGGGUUCCAGGGCACCAUUGGCAUGCUCGUGCCAUUUGUGAGUCGCGAAGACGUUGAUUUCUUCCAAUCUCUGGAGACACAUCUUGCUUCGAGCAAUGGCAACCCCCCAAUCUUGGGCAGAGAUCAUCUAAUCUACCGGUCGUACUAUGCGCCAUCAAAAGGCGCGAUUGAUGGCGAUCUUUGUGAAACCUUUUUCUUGCUCUCGAACGACAAGAAACAAAUGAUUGCGGGAGAAUUGGACCGAAGUGUUCGGGAGAUUGAGAGGAAGAUUUCGGAUAUGAGGACACGAGUGGCUUAUUGA